CCUUUUAACCCUAAAAACUCUGUCACGGCGGCUGACCUUUUCCUCACACCCAAAUCAGGUUUCUGCGGCUCGGUUAAGAUUACUUUCUGGCUGGAUUCGCUCGGGUGAGAGGAAUUAGAACGACCCACUAGCUGUAUCCUAGGAAUUUUGUUUGAAAUUGAACUGAGAGAGGAAAAUGCCAAGAAAAAAGAAUCCCAGGAAAAAAGGAAAAUGGAAACCCAAAUGUGCUUUCGAUAUGGAGCAACUUCCUCAAGCUCUAGUAAUGGACAUUCUUUCAAGGCUUCCAAUCAAGAGCCUCUGCAAUUGCAAAUACGUUUGCAAAGAAUGGCUUCACAUGAUUCAUGGCCCUGAAUUUGCUCGGCUACACCUUCAAAGAUCACCCAUCAGCAUCUUGAUCAAGACCUCGCCUCCUAGAAGAGAACAAAGCAAACUUGAUUUAAUCCAUGUAGAAAGUGAUGGGUCUGAUAUGCGAGUGGACAGAAUGAGAUUUGCUCCCCUGAAUAGCAUACCUUGCUAUCUUUUUCAAGUGGAUUUGAUGAAUUCAUGCAAUGGUCUCCUUUGUUUGACUGAGUCUAAGCGAGAUGGUUCCUUGUAUGUGUGCAAUCCUAUAUUGGGUCAGUACAUUAGCAUUCCUUGUCCUGAUAAGAAUAGAUAUUACUCUUGCAAUUUUACGGCAAUUGGUUUUAGCGCCAAGACUAAGGAAUACAAGGUGGUGCAAACAAGUUUCAGGGAAUACAACCGGAGUGAGCCUGUGGCUCACAUAUACACCAUUGGCACAGGAGUUUGGAGAAGUCUUGGAAAGCCCCCUAGAGGUGGCCGAAUUCCAUUUGAUUCUUUUCUGCAUGGAACUCUUCAUUGGAUUCCCUAUGCAAGCUAUAACUAUACUCCUCAAUCUAUACAAUCUUUUGACUUUGAAAGAGAAGAGUUUCGACCACUACCAUUGCCCCCAGUAAGCCUGAAGAAAUCCGGCCAAUAUGAUGGUUUCGGGUUGGGAGUCUUGAAAGGUUGUAUUUUAUCAUGUGUGUUUGAAAGUAAUCAAUGUAAGGGUAGGAGUCAAGGGACAGUUGACAUGUGGAUUAUGAAGGAUUAUGGUGUUCAAGAGUCUUGGACCAAAAUUCUUGUCAUCGAAAACUUGUAUCCAGACAGUUCAUAUAAACCAAUUAUGUUCUUGAAUGAUGUGGAAAUCCUAAUGAGGUACAGACGGUCUGUGGUAUACUAUGAUCAAGAAACAAAAAGUCUCAAACGAACUCGCAUUGUUCAGACUCAGUCUGAGUUUGAGGCAUUUGGUUUUUGUCCUUGUUUUGUUUCACUCCAUGAUGUUUCAAAAGGAGAGGAGGUGAAAAGGAUAAGAGACAAGCAUCAAGCUUACAAUAUCCUGCUGGGUAGAGGGAGCAGUGAUAGUGCUUGUUCCAGCGUGCCACCUAAUCACAAGUCCAAAAAGCUUAACUGAGGCUGGACUGCUUUUGAAGAGGGUCUUUUGGAAGCCACAAAUUCAUGUGAGUUGUCUUAGCCCAUGAGUUAUAUCUCUUGAUGAUACUUGAGUUAGCUGUGUGAAGUUUAUCGCAUUGCUGGACAAUUUGUAUUACAAAUGACUUCAUCUUGUUCUAUAGAUCUUGCCAAUGUACCAGUUUCUCAGUUCCUAAUUAGUAGAAAAUAUAUGCAACAUUGCCAAAGUAUAAAGACCAUUUUCUUGGGAGUGUUGAAUUGUUACUAUUUUAAGUGCAGGUUGGUUUUUAUC